UGAGGGGAAGGAGGAGGAGGAGGAGGAUGGCGGCGGGGGCCCGGGCGGAGCUGCGUGUGCUCCUGGUGCCCCGCUCGGAGGAGCCGCGGGGAUGGGCGCGGGUGCGGCUGAGCAGAGCCCGGGACGCCCUGGGCACCCUCCUGCUCCCCGGCGGGAUCUACCUGGAGUCGCUGUGGCCGGGCGGGCCCGGGCGGGCCGGGGGCAGCGCCCUGCCGGGAGCCUGGGCUGACUUCCUGUGGGACAGCGCAGAUGAUGAUGGGUCGCACUCAAACAAGACAAAACUCCUGGCUCUUGGUCAAAACCAUGACCUGUUUGUGUAUGAAUUCAAUGUAGAAGAUGGAAAACACAACCCAAAUUCCCUGCACAGUUGUAAGGAAGAGACACUUAAAAAGCUCCUUGAAGCUAAAAACAUCAGUCUGCCUUCAAUUUUCUCUAUGAAGAUUCUGUCCUUUGGAAGUAACAAGUGCAAACUUCUGCUCAACCAGUUUAUCCUUGUGCACCUGACGUUUCCUGGGGAGGACUCACCCCCUGAGACCUGUGACUGCUUCCCCCUGGCUCUGCCUCCAGAAGCUGUGGCGAGAGUCACAGACUCCCAGUUCUGCAGGGGGAUCCUGUUCCUGUUGGACAGUGCUGGCUGGAUUUACAUAUUUGGCUGCUCUGAUGGUGCCACCCUAGGGAAGGUCAGUGUGGCCCUGGGGGCUGGGCAGGGGCAGGGCCCAGCCCCUGGGGCUCCCCUGGCUGGCCUGGCAGUGUCCCCUGACCUCAGCACGGCCGUGGUGACCAGCACCUGCCACCGUGCCCUGGCUGUGCAGCUCAACUCCUACUUCAGACAGUUCCCUGAACAUUUGCUCUGUAAGAGAGAUCCAGAAAAUCUUGCAGUGCAGGCUCCAGAGGGGCUGGAUGAGGAUGAGCUGGCCAGUUCUGAGCACAGCAUGGAGCUGCUGUCGCAGCCGUUCCGCACGGACAGGUCCUGGAAGGCACAGUUGUCCUCACUGUGGGACAGAGUAAGGAGAAGAAGAACACCAGCUUCUCCAGAUUUUCACUCCAGUCAAGUGAACAACUUGAAUUUGCCUUGGUAUCAGUUUUUUACUCACCUUGAAGAUCACGAUCCUGCAAUUUGUGAUGAUCCAGAGAGGAUGGUGGCCUUUGUUCCCCGGGCUGUUACGUGGGCGGCUUCCCGGGCGCUCCAAAGCCAGGGCACGGCCCGUGGGGAUGCAGGACAGCAGUGGGCACAGAUCCCCGUGGCAGCACCCCAGGAAAUGGUCAAACUGGAGUGUAAACUGGUGACUGCAGCUAAAGCUGUGUUUGUGGUGCUGGCACAGGACACGGGGCUGUCUCUGGCGCUCUGGGAUUUUGAGUCCCGGGACGUGACGUGUUCCCACUUCGGCAGGAGCAGUGUCUACGUGGAGGGCAGUGCAGAGCUGCCACUGUGCCUGCUGCUGACAGAGCGUGGUCUGUGCCUGGUCCUGUUUGGUUUGAGUCGGGAGGAGUUCCUGAGCAGGCUGAUGAUGUUCGGCAGCGCCGCAGCCGUGGAUGCCGUGUGUCACCUCAAUGGCUGGGACAGGUGCUCCAUUCCCAUCCAUGCCCUCCAGGCAGGUUUGGAAAAUCGCCAGCUGGACACAGUGGACUUGUUUUUAAAAAGCAAAGAAAGUCUUUUCAGUCUGUCUGCACCCUGCCCUGGGCCUGAGCACCCUGGGGAUGGCACCUCCCAGUCCUACCUGAGAAAUCUGGAGGAGCUCAGGCCAGCUUUAAACUUGCUCUGCUCAGCAAUCCAGGACAGUGACAUGGAGCCUCACAGCAAGCAGUUCUCUGAGCAGCUCCUGAGCCUCACCCUGACCUUCCUCACCAAGCAGCUGGAGGAAAUCUUUGUGCACACACAGGAACCUGAUGAAUCCCUGCAGAAGGCUGCAGAUAUUUUAACUGACUACAUCAUUAAGCUGAGAAAAUUCCUGAGGAAAUACCCUCGAGCACCGCUGACUCCGGGGCACACCGGAGCUGACCUGGAUGAAGACCUGCCUGAGAUAGAGGAGAGCCAAGAAUGGGAAAAACUGACACCAGAGGAGGUCAUUGCCGAGGCCAUCCUGAGCAACAAAGUGCCAGAGGCCCAGAUCUUCUUCCGAAGGCAGCAGCAUCCUGCUGAGAGUCUGCAGGAGUUUGUCCAGAUGGGUUUGAGCCUGGCCUAUGACUGUCUGCUGAAGGGCAGCACCGGGGAGGCCUCGCAGCUGCUGAGGAACCUGGGCUUUGACGUGAAGCAGGAGCUGCACAAGAUCUGCUUCCACACAGAGGACAGACACGUACGGGAGCUCCUGGUGAAAGUCUUACAAGAAGAAAACUAUUUUUCUGAAAAAGAGAAGAAAAUGAUAGACUUUGUGCAUCAGGUUGAAAGCUUCUACUCAGAAUCCUUCCAGGAAAAUAAAGAGACUCAGUCUCUUUCCAGGGUGUCUGUAGCACAGCAAACGAAACGAGCUGCAGAAAUCAUUUCCCAGUUAAAUACUGGAGAAACCGUAAUGAUACUGAUAAUUUGUUAUGUCAGCUUUGGGAAAACGAGGCAGCUCUUCAGCUGUCAGAGCUGGAGUCAGUCCCUCUGGCACUCCCUGGGAGCUGUGCUGGGCUGGGGGGCUGAGGCCAGGCUGACCCCAGCCCGUUGCAGUUGCAGCAGCUGCAGGAGGCAGCAGCAGGAGCUGUGCAGGCACCAGGCAGUGCUGGGCUCGCAGCUGCACCGGGGCAGCAGCAGCAGCAGGAUCAGGGUGCUGCUGAGCUGGGCUCUCUGGUGGGAUGAGCUGCUGCAGGAGAUGAUUCUGCUCCCCUGGAAACCUCGCCAAGAACUCAAGACCUGCAGUCCUGAGGCUCUCUGGAUGCACCUGACAGCCCAGCAUGACUGGGUCAGCAUUUGCUCCUGGAUUGAGGAGUCAGAGCCCAGCCAGGCUCCGUGUGGCCGCUCUGCCUGGCCCCCCCUGAGCCCUGACAUCGUUGACAGGAGCACUCUGUGCAGCACCUACAUGAGACAGGACAUCCUGAACAAGCUGGCCAGAAAGGGAAUCUUUGUCCGUUCUGAGCUGGAAGAUUUUGAGCUCUUGCUCCAGAGGCUGUCGUGCCUGGGGGGAGUCCUGCAGAAUCCUCACCCUGUUCCAAAGUACAGCACUGCCAGUGGCCUGGACUUCCAUGGCCAGUUUGUCCUGCACUGCCUGGAGCACAGCCUGCAGUACCUGCUCUACACUUACCUGGACUAUUACAGUUUAACCCCUUCAAGCUGCCCUAUCCUGGAUAACAAGGAGCUGCAGGAAGCCCAUCCCUGGUUUGAGUUCCUCGUGCAGUGCCGAGGGGUUGCCAGCAAUCCCCGAGAUCCCAAGAUGAUUUUCCAGGCCAGUCUGGCCAACGCUCAGAUGCUGAUUCCCAGCAGCCAGGGGGGUGUGAGCAGCAUCCUGCUGGAGGGCAGGACCCUGCUGGCCCUGGCCACCACUGUGUACGGGCCUGGGGGCAUUGACCAGGUCCUUCAGAAUGAAGACACAGAAAAACCUCUGAAGAAAGUUGAUCCCCAGCUCUUAAAAAUGGCCUUGACCCCUUACCCCAAGCUGAAGGCUGCUCUCUUUCCCUCCUGCACUGCUCAUGGAAUUUUGCCUCCUGACAUCUCUCUCUACCACCUUCUGCAGUCAUUAAUGCCCUUUGAUCCCACAAAAUUAUUUGGCUGGCAAUCAACAAACACUCUUGCUGUGUCAGAUGCCUGGAGUGAGCUGCCCCACUUCUCCUGGCCCGAGCUGGUGAGCAGGCACGCCGUGGUGGAGAGGCUGGGCUUCCUCUUCUACCUGCGCCACGCCCGCCCUGCCUUCGCCUUCGGCACCUUCCUGCAGCAGCUGGCCAGGAGCAAAGCCCCCAGGCAGCUGGUCCAGCAGGCAGCACGGGAGGCCCGGCUGGUGGCCCUGUCCUCCUUGGGUGUCCCCUCGGUGGCAGCAGCCUGUGUGUGCUUCCUGGAGCUGCUGGGGCUGGACAGCCUGGGGCUGCGUGUGGAUCUCAGAGCUGCCAGCAGCAUCAGCAGCCACGGCAGCAGGAGCUCCCACCACGGCCACAGGGACAGCCUGGCUGAGAAGUUUACAAAGUUGGCUGAUGGUGAAAAAGCAGCAGCAGCAGCAGUUCUGAGCUCCUUGGAGGAGGCCUUCUGGGAUGGCAUUGAGCAGCAAGGAGUGAAGAGGACAUCCAGUGACUCCAGAAGGCAGUGGUCCUUGGUCAUGCAGUUCUGCAGAGUCCAUAACCUGGAGCUGAGCACGUCCUUCCUGAGGGAAUGUGCCAAAUCCAACGAGUGGCUGCAGUUCCUCGUCCAGACCCAGCUCCACGGCCACCAGCCAGCCCAGGUCGUUCCCCUCCUGCAGGAUUUCCCUCCCGUGCUGCGAGAUCACCUGCUGCUGGCCCUGGGCAAGCUGCUGUGUGCUGAGGCUGCCCGUGCAGGGAGCGUGUUCCAGGUGCUGCUGCAGUGCCAGGAGGAGCCCAGCCCCUGCUGGCACCUGCUGGCCGAGGGGCUGCGGGCACACGCGCCCAUCCUCAGCGUGCUGGCAGCCUGCUGCCCCGAUGCCAAGCCCGUCUCCUGCCUCUGUGUGUGGAUCAUCACUUCUGUGGAUGGUGCCACCAGGGCCGAGGCCACCGCCCACACCCAGAGCCUGGCAGGGAGUCCCCAGUGGGACCUGCAGGACCUCGCUGCCAUCUGGAAAGUCCUCCUGAGGAAGAAAAAGAGUAAAACGCUUCUCAAUGGCUUCCAGCUCUUUUUGAAGGAUUCCCCUUUGCUGCACAUCCUGGAGAUGUAUGAACUGUGCAUGAACUGUAAAAAGUACAACGAGGCUAAAACCAAACUGGAGAAAUUUCAGGAAAGCCUCACAGAACUGGGAGCUGCGGCAGGGGCGGCCCCCGAGCUGCCGGGGCCGUGGCUGCGGUCACAGGCGCUGUUCCUGCUGGAGCUGAUGCUGCAGCAGAGCCGCACCGACUACGAGCUGGGCAAGCUCCUGCAGCUGCUGGCUGCCACUGAGAACCUGCUGCUGGAUGGUCCCCACGUGAAGAGGCUCUGUGCCCUCAGUGAGGCUCUGAGGGACUCCUCCAUCUCCAUCAGCCGCUCCAUCCUGACCUCCUGCAGCCUGCAGGCCUUCCAGGAGGAGUGCAGCUCCAUUCUGGAGCAGCUGCAGGAGAAAGGAAUGUUCAGCCUGGCUCGGGAGGUGGCAGCCCUGGCUGAGCUGCCUGUGGACAGCGUUGUCACACACGAGGUUCUGAGAGAUCUACAUCAUUUGAGAGACACUGGACAGUGGCAUCACACCCAGACAAGAGCUGACUUCUGGAAAAAGUGCAACGACACCUUCAGCAAACAUUCUGUCUGCAGCCGAGCCGCAGCGGCGUUCUUCCUGGAGCAGGCCAACAGCGUGUGGGAAUGCCCGGGGCAGGAGAGCACAGCCGGCCUGCUGGAGAGGCAGCUGCUGCUGACGCUGGCCGGGCACUGGCUGGCGCUGGAGGAGCCCGAGCUGGCGGUGCCGGAGCUGCAGGAGCUGGAGAAGCGGAUCUGGCAGUGCCGGGUGGCCGAGCGAGCGCUGGCGGCCGAGGGCUCGGGGCAGGGUCCCUGCGGGCCGGGCCGGGAGCUGCCCUUCGCCAGCCUGGCCCGGAGCUUCUCCUUCGCACAGCUGCCGGCGCUGAGGGCGGCCGGGCCCCGCGGCCUGCAGGCCCUGGGGCCCGGGGAGCCCCGGCAGGGUCUGGAGCCCGGGCAGGCCCUGGAGCCCGGGCAGGCUCUGGGACCCGGGCAGGCUCUGGGACCCGGGCAGGCUCUGGAGCCCCGGCAGGCUCUGGGACCCGGGGAGCCCCGGCAGGCCCUGGAGCCCGGGGAGCCCGGGCAGGCUCUGGGGCCCGCGGAGCGAGCGGCGCUGGCCGCGCUGCUGGGAGCCCUGCUGGACGAGGGCAGCGUGCCCGAGGCCGCCCGGGUGUGCCAGUACUUCCAGCUGUGGCCCCGGGACGUGUCGCUGGUGCUGCACUGCCGGGCGCUGGCCUCGGGGGAGGCCGGGCUGGAGCAGCUGCAGCCCGAGGUGCGGGCCCUGCUGGCGGCCAGAGCCGGGACACGCGAGGCCGGCGCGGCGAGCGGAGCCCCCAGCCCAUCCAACCUGGAGGAGUGGACCCCUCUGGGGGCCCCGAGUGGGGACGAUGCUGUGGUGGCAGCGCUGAAGGCUCUGGCAGAGGAGUGUGUCCAUGGCAGGGGCUACUGCCGGCAGGUGCUGUGCCUCUACGAGCUCUCCAAGGAGCUGAGCUGUUCCUUUGGGGAGGUGUUGGUGGGGGAUGCUCAGGAGGUGCUGGGGGCCAUCCUGGCCCAGCGGGGGCCGGAGCGCAGCCGCAGAGCCCAGGCCUUCAUCACCUGCCAGGGGCUGUCCCCUGCCACUGUGGCACCACUGCUGGCACAGCAGAUCACCCAGGAGCUGCUGGCCUUGGCACAGGGAAAAGGGCAGAAGCAGGUUUGGAACCCUGCAGUGGAGAGCCAGGCACUCCUGCAGCUUGCCAAGCUGUGCCAGGAUCACACCUUGGUUGGGAUGAAGUUACUGGAUAAAAUCUCCUCUGUCCCCCGUGGGGAGCUGUCCUGCAUCACAGAGCUGCUGAUCCUGGCCCACAGCUGCUUCAGCCUGACGUGCCACAUGGAGGGGAUCACACGCGUGCUGCAGGCGGCUCGGCUGCUCACCGAGGAGCACCUGGCUCCCAGGGAGGAGUAUGGGCUGGUGGUGCGGCUGCUGACCGGCAUCGGCAGGUACAAUGAGAUGACCUACAUCUUCGAGCUGCUGCACCACAAACACUACUUCGAGGUGCUCAUGAGGAAGAAGCUGGACCCGAGCGGGACGCUGAAGGCGGCACUGCUGGAUUACACCAAGCGCUGCCGGCCCGGCGACAGCGAGAAACACAACAUGAUCGCACUGUGCUUCAGCAUGUGCAGGGAGAUCGGGCAGAACCACGAGGCUGCUGCCUCCACCCAGCUCAAACUCAUCGAGUGCCGGCCCUGGGAGGAGUCUCUUCAGGAUGUUGCAAAUUUAAAGAAGCUGCUGCUGAAAGCUCUGACUCUCUUCAUUGAUGCAGCAGAAAGUUACUCCAAGGACUCGUGUGUGCGGCAGGCGCUGCGCUGCCGUCGCCUGACACGGCUCAUCACGCUGCAGCUGCACUUCCUGGCCUUGGGCCAGAGCACCAGGAUCAUCAACCUGGGCAGGCAGGACCUGCCUGGAGCCAUCCUGGCCCUGCCCAGGUUCUACCAGGCAGCCAUCGUGGCCGAGGCCUACGAGUUCCUGCCGGACUGGGCUGAGGUUCUGUUCCAGCAGGUGAUCACCAGGGGUGACUUCGUGUACCUGGAGGAGUUCAAGCAGCAGCGGCCACUGCGGCCCAGCCUGUUCGAGGAGGUGGCCAAGAGGGUCCAGCAGCACCCCCCUGCUGAGGCUGCCCUGAGGAACCUGAAGCGGUUCCUCACCCACUGUGAGGACAUCUACACCUACUACAGGCUGGCCUACGAGCACAAGUUCUAUGACGUGGUGAACUCCCUGCUGAAGGACCCUCAGACUGGCUGCUGCCUCAACGACCUCUUAUCCAACUGAAUUCCUGCCAAAUUCCAGCCUGGACACGAGCACAGGGUCAGUGCUGAUUGACACAGAUUUUAUCAGUGACCUGCACCCAGGGCACUGCUGCUCUGCAAAAAUUACUCCAGAAAAAUGGACAGGGUUGUAAAUAUUUAAAAUGCUGAAACUGUUAACCUAAAAUUGUGUUUUGUAUAAUAAAUGUGUUUAUAAAUUA